UCCGAGCCACGACUAGCCUAAAAAAAAAAAGGGAUCGACGCUACUGGUGGGUCGACACAGUGGAUGGAGCUCCGGACCUGUACGACUUACACUCAUCGUUCCCCGCCCGAAACAACACAGAAUUCCUCUUGUCCUCUGUUGCGAAAUGACGACCAAAGCGGUGAUCCGGCAGGCACGUAUGUCAGAUUACUCCGCCGUUGUGGAUGGAAUUGGGGAUGUUUACUGGGGCAGGGACUACUUGCCUACAAAAUACGCAGAGUUUAUCCAAGACGCGGACUUCCUCUCUUUUGUGGCCGAGGUUGACGGAGAAGUGGUCGGAUUUUGCUCUGGGCAUCUUGUGGAUAACAGACACUCAGUGGUAAAGAGAGCAGGAAGGGUCAAGGAAGAAUACCAAGGUCAAGGAAUUAUAAUCAAGUUGACUGACGCCAUUGAGGGAGAAGUUGCAAAAGUAGGAACUGUCAAGUGGGAGUUGAUGUGCUGUGUGAAAAAGAAUGCCGAGCGAUUUAACAAAAGCUCCGCGGGCCAGAAAGGAUUUCUACAAAUUGUGCAUAUGCAAACGUACCAGAUGCUUCUACUGAGGAACAAUCUUCCAAAAGUGGACCCUUCAGUUUUCCGAAACGUCCACGAAAUGACGCACGAGGACAUGGAGCAAUUUUUCCAAAAUGAGGUCACGUGGAACAGACUGAUACGUCAAGGCCGGAUGUGCGUUCAUUACGUGCCUUUGCGCAGGGUCAAGGAGAACAUACGACAUGUCAUCAACCACAGAACGAAAGCCUUCAUGUCUUUUGGUGCUUCAUGUGUCAAGGACGCUAGUGUUCAGGCUGAGAGAGAUGUUAGAAACGCUACCAUGUUCUCUCUUACAACCUGGUUUCCAGUGUCUUUCGGCCAUGCUUUUAACUCUGAUUUUCAUGGGUCUGAUUACACUGAUUUGGAAUCCCAUUUGCAGAUGCAUAUGAAUCUAUUGAGUAACGCAGAGUGCGAAAAGGUAAGCUGGGUUAUCAACAUGGACUUUGCAAUUGAUUCAGAUGUCACCGAAAGGUUAAGGAAAAGUUUGGAUGUGUAUGGAAUACCUUUAACGCAGAACCCAAAUGUGUUAGAGCAAAUAGUGUUUCAGCGAAAUUGAUAACCGUUGAUUCCAAAAUAAUUGUUAAUGCAUACCUCCACAAAUACGUACAUACCGUGGCCCAUGUUAAUAAGCAUUGUAAGUAUCAAGACAAUGUUGGAAAUGUCUGCCUGAUUCUCUGUACACUGAUGUCGCAUCGAAGGUGGUAAAACGCAGAUUGCUGGCGUUGUUUUGUUUUUGUUCUUGUUUCCUUUUUAAAAAAAAUAAGUUUUACUUAUUUUAUAAACCUGAGGUAAACAGAAGUCUUCGGUCUACCGUCACUUUAAAUAAUAAAUCUCCCUCUCCUCCUUUUCUUUCCACCCUAAGCCAAAAUAUGGUCUGUUUUAUCUUCAUUUUUCUACAAAGUGUUUGCUGUGAACGCUUGUGGGCUAAGCAAUUGUUACUUUUACUCGAGUGUUACAUUCAAGUAUGUGUUACCUGGAAUAAUAAUACGGUCAUUUACUGCUAAAAAUUACUUAUUGAUCCAACUCAACCCUCCUUUUAUAAUAAAUUCAUAAAAACAGAGAAGUACUUACUUCAUAACAUCUAUAUUAUCAUAGUAAAAGUAUAUUAUGCUUUUUCACAUCACAACAAUCACCUUGUGAGGAAAGUUUUACUCACAUGCCGUAUUGUGUCGAUAGUGCCGUAAAACAUCUACCCAAUCAAAAAAACAACUUCGCAUGCCGUUUGUAACCUUGUACCCUAAAAUAUUUGAUAAUCCCGUAAUACGGAACUAUGCAUUGUGUUUUAUGCCAAUGUGAAUAAAAUAUGCUUUCAUAAAUACGAAACCAUCAAGUAUCUAGGUUUUUCUGUUUACAAGUUGUAUCUCUCUCAUCCCAGAAGAACCAUGAGAGGCAGGGUAGAAAGCUUACGUCCUAUGAUCUACAUUGUGUCGUUGGGGCGUGAAAAACACAUACAUUUAAAAAUAGGGUGUCAGGAUACCUUACUGAGUGAGGGUCAAAUAUUCUUGCGCAAGCACGACGAAAUAUAUUUUUGUUUUGAAAUGUCGGAUCUCUCUCAAAUUUAGAUAAUCAAUUCGGCAAGCUGUUGGGGCUUGUCUCAAGUGGAGGCAGCCCAGUUUGUCACAAUUUCAUCAAGUAUUUAACACUGAUGACAGUCAUAAUUACAUAACUUUAACACUGUAGCUGUAACUGAAUUUUUUUAGUCUCCCAGUCUCCACCUUCAACUUGGGGGUGUAGAGAUAGUCCCUCUAAAAUGUCAAAUCCGCUUGUGUUGUUCAAUAUUUCCUUUUUGUAUGCAUAUCAAAACAAAUUUAAAUUACUCUGUAAAAUUUCAACAGUGAUAAUGUUUUGAGUGUCAGUGAUAACACAAAAAACGUGUUCACUCUCUUUUCAGAUUAGCGCUAGAUAAUGAACCCUACGUUGUGAGGUAGUCGCACCGGGUGGGUUGUUAAAAAGGUAGGGGUUUGUUGCGACAACGUUCAGAUCAUUUACAUUCUAAAGGAUGCAUAAUUACUGAAAAGACGAUGAAACACGCACGUUUUUUAAAAAAACGUGAAAAUGUAGAUUCGAAAGUAAAACAACCUUUUAGUUGCAAUAUCACGUUUGAAAAAAGACUCGACUGUGCGUCUUUAUACAUGUCCAUAAUGUGGGUCUUUCGGUUUUUAAUGUUGAGGAAAUUUGCCCGAGGUUUUUUUAUUUUUGUUUUUUGUUGAACGAUGCAUCCUUCAUGAUAAACCAUUCAUGAUUAAAAUAUUGUAUGUUUUGCUCUCAAUCCCCAACGUGAUGCUAGCAUUCCGCUGUUUUUUGGGUGGUUGCAGUUCUCGACAGUUAGCUUAGCUUCACGUAAUAGAGAACCAAAGCAAUGUUCUAAUAAGUACUCUGCACGAUACAUUACUGUAUUAAAGAACAAACCUACGACCCCAAUUUAAACCUACCUCAACUUACUGAUUCAAUACAAAGGCUACUGGUUCAUUUCUUUUCUUUAUUUUAAUUUCUUUUUUGUUGGUCUGAAUUCCACAGUAAGAAUACAA